AUGCCGCCCUUCAAGGAUGACCAGAUUAUCAUCAUCUCGCCCGGCUCGGAGACCACCGUCGCACAGCUGGGCCUGCCCGAGUCUUUCACCCCGGCGCGCCUACGCGUAAGGUCGCGCAUGUUCCCCGCUGAGAAGGAGGGCGAGUUUGAGCCGUACAAGAUACGACGGAAGCAGGAAGCGGCAGCUGCAGACAAGGGCGAGGCCAAGGAUGAGGCGCAACAAGAGAACAACAAGCCCGCCGAGGGCGAGGAAGAAGUCAUAUGGGAGGAGGACCGCGUCUCAGAGGAGGGCGCAAUAUGGCCUAUCCAGCAGGGCAGAAUCGUCGACUGGCCGUGCUUCUUCGCUCUCAUCACGCAUGUUUAUAAUUCGCUAAACCCGCCCUUUCACACCCCGAUCCUCCUCAUCACUCAGCCCGCAUGGACGCCACGAGAGCACGAGAAGCUCACCCAGUUUUUCUUUGAGAAAUUCAAGGUCCCCGCUUUUGGCUUGAUGGACGCAGCAUUGGCGACGACAUGGGCGUAUGGUGUGCACACGGCCACUGUCAUUGAUGUCGGCAAAGACAAGGCCGAUAUCACUGCUGUCAGCGAGUUUAUCCCGCACAUACAGGGCAGAGUCGUCUCGCUGGCCGGAUGUGGAGGUGAAGCCUUUACCGAGGGCCUCCUCGCCAAGCUGAAGCCCAAAGGUUUCAACCGGGACAUGUGCGAACAGCUCAAGAGGUCGCCAAUAUGCGAGCUUCUGCCCCCAGGAGUUCCGCUGCCAGGAUCAGCAGAUGCGCCGCAGAUGGACGUCGUGAGCAACCCUGCGGCAGCAGCUUCAACUGGAGCACCGGGUUCUGGCGCUGCUGCGGCAACUGCGAUUGGGAACGUGCCACGGGGCCCUGGCAUCGAUACCGAGGUCGGAGAGGAAGGAACUGGCGAAGAUGAAGGUGUCCUAGACGUCGCAAGCAUUGUAGCUGGGGGCAAGAUGUCUGAAUACCUUGCUAAAAAAGAGAAGGAGAAGCAAGAAAAGUCCAAUGCUAAGAAGAAGGGCGCCCCAGCCCCACAAGCGAAUAGGCCUGUAAAGCUUCCCAACUCGAAGGUUGAAAAAGCUACAUUUCUGUACGAAGAUCACGCGCUCCUGGAUACCCUGAAGAACAUGAAUCUGAACACGCAAGAGAUGGCCGACGCCAAAGGUGCCUUGGACGAGGGCCCUUCCCGGAAAGCAAACGAAGGCGAGGAAGAGGGUGAGUCCACUUCUGCAGCCGAGGCAAACGGCACCACCGACUCCAACAGCACAUCCAAACGGACAGGAGCGAUAAGACGUGAAAUAGAGGUUGGCACCGAGCGAUUCAUGGCAGACGGCAACGGCACACUGGAGAAGAUUGCAGAUGCCAUAUACAGGACAAUCUCUUCUAUUGACGAAGUCGGCAAGCGAAGUGAUCUCUGGGAUCAGCUCAUCGUCUGUGGCAACGGAUCAAAGCUGCGAGGCUUUAGGGAAGCUCUUCUGCAGACCAUUCAGACUAAGUAUCUAGUGUCACCCUCUUCAGCCACUAUCUUCACAUCCGAGAUCCCAUCCAAUGUCUCGACACCUGCGGGGACUGGAACAAACACACCUCAGCCCCAACUCGGUCCGCAUGGUGCCUCGCAGGUCAACCCCCUCCUACUGGCAGCUACCACAGCACAGACGCAGCACAUGGUGCCACACGGGGGUAUUCCCGGAAUGUCACACAACACCCACUCGUCACACGGCCAGACACCCACCUCAAUCAAAUUUGUCAAGCCCCCGGAGUACUUUCCCGAGUUCAAGGAGGUUGGCUUUGACGAAUCCACCUUCCUCGGCGCCCAGGUCGCGGCCAAGGUCAUCUUUGUUGUCGACCAGGGUCAAAGUAAAGGCUACAUGACGCGCCCAGACUACAAUGACCAAGGCCCUCAAGCCAUCCACGACUACAGCCUAUGA